AUGUCUAGCGACAAGCGUGAAGUAUGGGCCAAAGCCGCCACCGACGAGUUCACCUCCAUGCGCGACGACUUCAAGGUCUUCACCAUCGAGGACCGAGCCACGGUGCCCGCGGGUGCGACUAUCGUUACAUCCAAGUUCGUCUGGAAAACGAAACGGAACGCACUCGGCGAAGUCACUGGACACAAGGCAAGGCUGGUCGCGCAAGGCAAUCGGCAACGCGACGGCAUCGACUUCAACGAAACGUUCGCACCGGUCGCACGCUUCUCCUCGAUACGCUCACUCCUCGCGCUGGCGGCCGCCAACGGCUUGCACGUGCACCAGGCGGACAUCGACAAAGCAUAUCUGCAUGGCGACCUUGACCACGACAUCUGGAUGACGGCACCGCGCGGCUUCGACCUUCCCAGCGACAAGGUGCUUCGCCUGCGACGCUCCAUCUACGGGCUCAAACAGGCUGGCCGAAUCUGGAAUCGACACAUCGACGCUUCGCUUCGGGCCCUCGGUUACACGGCGACGGGCACCGACCACUGCGUAUACUCUUGGCUCGAUGAUCGUCAAUGUCCACACUACAUCGCACUGUACGUCGACGACCUCCUGAUGAUCAGCCCGGAACUGGCCGAAAUCGAACGUGUCAUCUCAGGCCUGGACCAACGCUACGGAGUCAAGCGCCUCGGCCCGGCCGAGUAUAUCCUCGGCAUCCAGAUCAGGCGGUUCGACGACGGCUCUAUCGCCCUAUCCCAGGAACGGUACAUCAUGGACGUGCUCGCUCGGUUCCACUUCGACACCACGACUCGCGGCACUACAGUUCCGAUGACUCCCGGCCUUUCGCUCACUGCUAUCCCGGGUCAAGGCACCGAACGGAUCAGGUCAUGGUAUCUGCAGGCUAUCGGCUCGCUCCUCUACAUUUCGCUCGGUACCCGCCCUGACAUCGCCUUCGCCGUGUCCUACCUGGCCCGCUUCGCCAACAACCCCGGUCGUCGUCAUUGGAUUGCGGUCAAGCACAUCCUACGCUAUCUCCGGGCCACGUAUCGCAACGAACUCGUGUAUGCUCGCGGCCAGGCUCGCAUCACGGGUGUGGUAGGCUACUCCGACGCGAACUGGGGGGCCUGCAUCGACACAUCGGUGUCCACCAUGGGCUACGUCUUCUACAUCGCUGGCUCGGCCGUGUCCUGGUCGUCCAAACGCCAGUCUCGAGUUGCCGAUUCGACCACCGACGCUGAAUACCUCGCCCUCUCGCAUGCUGGCAAGGAAGGGAUUUACCUCAGUCAGCUGCUCGAAGAGCUCCAUGUACAACCUGUUGCACCGGCUCACAUCUUUACUGACAACGAAGCCGCUGCUGCAGUUGCUCACGAUCCUGUCCGCGUCUCUGGCACUCGGCACAUACGCUUGCGUGAGCACUUCGUUCGGGACAUGGUGAAUCGGGGCGACAUCUCUCUCUCGCAUGUGGGUACCAGCGACAUGGUGGCCGACAUCUUCACCAAGGCUCUCGGCCCAAAGGUCUUCUCAACGCACUGCUACGCCCUCGGCCUUCGCACUCGACACCCGCGGCUUGGGUCUGCCUCGCAUUCGCGUGGGGGGGGUGUGAAGAGUCCACUCUCAGCUCGACAGGGGCGCCUCGGUCGUUGCGCGCACUUGCUAGCCCGCCCCCGGCGGUGGGGACUUAGACGCGCGCGACUGCCUCAGCGCGCCAGCGCCGGCGGAUUCAUGCGCGCGCCCGCUAGCCCGCCCCCUUGCGGUGGGGACUUAGGCGCGCCGGCGAUUUCACCCGCGGCUGACUUAGGGAUGUACAUUGUCACGCGCCUGGGACUAUCCCAGCGUGGCCCCCCCCUUUCUGUUUCUUAGCUUCCUUCUCAUCACUUCUGUUCGACUCUCAACCUCUCCUGACAGUAGUGGUGAACGUCUCAUAGGUACGCUGAAAUAGAUCACUUCUGUUCGACUCUCAACCUCUCCUGACAGUAGUGGUGAACGUCUCAUACCCGCUGCCGGCGAUCGAUCGGCGGAACCAAGGUCGGCACGGCCAUCACUGGCCGAUCCUGAUCGGCAAGCUCGACUCGCCCUACACCGACUGCAUACGAUUCAAACACCCGCUCACACCAUCUUUCACUCGACCCAACAUCGUCCGCAAGCGACCAAAGUCCUUUUCACGACUUGACUACUUCCUUCUGCAGCGCACCCACCAAAAGCGACUCGUCCAAGCCUCGACGAUCUACGACCACCCCAAGGACCUUUCGGAUCACCGACCGGUCUCGAUCGUCCUAGUUCUCUCGGAUGAGCGAGGAGACGCGGCUCAACCCAACAACAGUUUACCAACGACAUCAAACCAAUUACAUCGUAUCAACGCGGCGACCUUCAAGACGGCGGAGUUCCAGGGGAUGUUGGAAGGAUGGUUGGAAGGAGCGAGUGGGGAGGAACCGGUGGGGGAGCUCGAGGUGGUGCUGGGGAACUGCGCGAAGGAGGGUCGGGAGCUGGCGAGGAGGGAGCAUCGGGAGCGGGUGGAGCGGAUGGCGGUCUUGGUGGGAAGGGUGCAGGAUCUGGAGGCGUUGCCGGUGAUGGGGGACGAGGAGACGGCCGAAUGGACGCGGACGACGGAGGAACUUAGGCGAGCGGUCUAUGAGACGUUCACCACUACUGUCAGGAGAGGUUGA